AUGGGCAGCGUAAUCAUUAUUUGGAAGUCUCGAAUCUUGUUAUACAAAGGCAACUACUUUACCGUCACAAUGGUUGUCGGAAUCCUCGUUGCUGUGUGCGCCGGCAUCGCCAUCUGCCACACCCACCACAAGAGGCAGCGCAUCAACGCCUUUAAGCGUGAAUACGUGGCGCACAACGGGCCUCUCAGCAAGGAGGAGUGGAAGCAGCUGUGCCACGAGCACAAGCAGGCGCGCAAGGCCGAGAAACACGCUCGCAAGGCUGAACGGCACACGCGCCGCGCCGACCGCCGCGGCUGCUGCUGGCGAACCUCGCUGCCGGCUGCUCUGCCUGCGCCGCCGGCGCCGGCGCUGGCACCGGCUCCGGAGAUGGAUGUCAAGUACGCUUACGAUAACGGCGACGGCGACAUGGCCGAAAAGUACUUCCAGGCACCGAGCCAGAGAGUGAUUCAGAUUCCGGUGCAGGGCCCGGAUGAGCCUCCCGCGUACAUGAUGCCGGGGUCGAUGACUGCGCUGCCGGAGAAGAUGUAA